AUGUCUCCGCCGGAGCAAUCUACAUCUUCGUCCGGCCAGCCUGUCCCAGACGAGACGCUGUCUAGCAAGCCUGAUGUCGAGGUAACGUCUGCUCAGCACCUUACGACAGGGAAGUCCGAGACCGCAGACAACGACGAUGGCCCGAAAAUAGAGGUUGAUACUGGGAAGGAGGAGAAUCUGAUUGAUUUUGGCGACCAGCCGUCCAACGUUCAGUCGCGCGAGGACAGUGCUGAUGCCGCCGAGGAAGCGCCUUCAGAGACGGCCAAGGGAAAGCAAACAGCUGAUGACCAGCAAGCUUCGAAGGGUCCUUCCAACACCCGCACCUCAGCAGCAUCCAGAAUUAAGCCUAUUACGUUGCCCCCGUCGAACGAUACCACGACUCAAUACCUCACCGCCGAACCAUCCACGUAUGUUGACCCCACGCCUGCGACCCCAACAACCUCGCAGCCACCUUCGCGAACACCUUCAAAUGCUGCACGCUCCCACAUCUCUAGAGAUGUCUCUCCCUCCAAAUCGGACGCCGAAUAUGAUGAGAGACGAUACAUAAGCGAAGAUGAGCAGGAAGGUGGUUCUCGGUCAGAGAUCCAGAGUAUCAUGGCACAGUUCAGCGAGUUUGGCGGCGGCCCUGGCGAGGAAGAAGUCAUGAGCCCUAGGCUGGAGAUUGCAUCGCCUAUGCUAGGACAUCCCGUUCAGCAUCCUCCCCGUAAAUCGAGCCUUGAGCCUCUUGCGCCAACGCUAUCAAAUCAGCUUCAGGGUCUAAGCAUUUCAACAAGUUCCCCUCCUGCUGAAACACUAAAUGAUUCUGCUAUCGAGGAUCUCGGACCACCUGUUCCUCCCAAGGACGGUGUACAUGGCACGCCUCCACGGCCUAAAGUGGAACGAACCAUGAGCGUUGCUUCGCCCAGUUCACCAGCGCAGUCCCAUCGACCCCCUCCUCCUGAGCCCGAACCAGAACCUACUCAGGCUUUCGACUUUCAUAGAUUCCUGGAGCAGUUGCGAAACAAGAAAGCAGACCCUGUGGCAAGGUACCUCAAGUCAUUCCUCUCGGAAUUUGGCAAGCGGCAAUGGAUGGUCCAUGAGCAGGUUAAGAUCAUUGGAGAUUUCCUAGCUUUCAUUGCUAAUAAAAUGGCACUGUGCGAGGUCUGGAGGGAUGCUUCCGAUGCCGAAUUCGAUAAUGCUCGCGAGGGAAUGGAGAAGUUGGUCAUGAACAGGCUGUAUACGCAGACAUUUUCGCCUGCAAUCCAGCCUCCCAAACCGAUUCCUGGGGCCAAGCCAAAGCGAAAGGGCGGUGAUGUUCCUCUUGGUCCAGGUCGACGAGGUCAGCAUCAGGAAGACGUUGAAAGGGAUGAUAUUGUUAGGCAGAAAAUGAACAUCUAUGGCUGGGUGAGGGAAGAACAUUUGGACAUUCCCCCAGUUGGCGAAAGUGGACGUCGAUUCUUGAAGCUGGCCCAACAAGAGCUUCUCAAAAUCAAGUCAUACAGGGCGCCGCGGGACAAGAUCAUAUGUGUCUUGAACUGUUGUUUACUAAAACAUAACAAGUCUGAUUCCUCAGCUGACUCCUUCAUGCCCCUUCUUAUCUAUGUUGUUCUGCAAUCAAAUCCAGAGCAUCUUGUAUCUAAUGUGCAGUAUAUUCUACGCUUCAGAAACCAGGAAAAGCUUGGGGGUGAAGCAGGCUAUUACUUAUCCUCAUUGAUGGGUGCUGUACAGUUCAUUGAGAAUAUGGAUCGAACUACGUUGACCAUCACUGAUGAGGAAUUCGAAAGACACGUAGAAGAGGCCGUUUCGGCAAUUGCUGAAAAGCAUGCCCAAUCACCACAAGCCACGCAGCAGCCAGUCUUCAACGAGAAGUCAGGACCUCCUCCGGGAGAGUCAUCAGCUCGCCCCUCUCUUGAUGGACCACGACGUUCAACAUCGAACGACGACUACUCGGGCGAAGAGAAGGCUGCUAUCACUGGUCUUCUCAAGACCAUACAGAGACCGCUAUCUAGUAUAGGAAGAAUGUUCUCUGACGAGCCCGGUCCGUCUCUGGGAGGUCCUAGCAGCGCACCUCGGACUCCAGCACCGCAGGAGCGCCAGAAUCUUGAGGGGCCUCUCGAGCCCCAGCAGCUGCCCUCCAGGCAGGUACUCUCUGCAGAAGAGGCUGCUGCGCGACAAGCUAGCGCUGAAGCAGCGGAGGCUCAAAGGCUCUCGCGCGCGGAGCAUGCAAAUGUCGUUGAAACACUGGCUGGCAUGUUCCCUGAUCUAGACAAGGAGGUUAUUAGUGAUGUGGUUUACGAGAAGGAGGGCAGAGUCGGUCUGGCUGUUGAUGCAUGCCUCGCUCUUUCAACAUGA